AUGACGGCCGACUCUUAUCCUAUUUCUCGAAUGGAAGAGAUGAUCGAUGAGCUCGGGCAGAACACCAUCUUUUCUAUACUCGAUGCUCGUUCCGCGUAUUGGUCAAUCGAAUUAAACCCCGACGACAGGCCAAAGACCUCGUUUUCAGACGGCACUAAUUUAUGCCAAUUCCGGCGUAUGCCAUACGGCCUGAAAACUGCCGGCACUACGUAUCAGAGAAUGAUUAACUUCAUUUUAUCACCUGUAUUAAGUAGACAUGCCAUGGCCUAUCUGAAUGAUAUAGUUAUUUAUUCAAAGAACUUUAAUGACCACAUGCAACAUUUAGGAGAGACUCUACAUUUGAUCGAGCAAGCAGGUUUUAAACUUAACCCUAAUAAAUGUAAAUUUGGGGUACAAGAACUAAAAUUACUAGGCUUUGUUGUGUCGCCACAUGGCGUGACUCCAGACACCUAUAAAAUAGCAUCCAUUGCUAGUAUGACCGCACCGCAUAAUGUAAGGGAAGUCAGGAGGUUUUUGGGUGCAAGUGGAUUCUUCCGGCGCCACAUUGCAAAUUACGCCAAUAUAGCCGCGCCGUUAACGUCUCUAACACGAAAAGAUAACAAAUUUCAUUGGGACGCGUCUAAUGUUGCAAUUGGCGCGUGCUUAAUGCAACGCGUCGCAGGAAAACCGUACGCCGUCGCGUAUUACAGUAAGAAGUUGAAGGGCGCCGAAGUCCGAUACUGCACCACCGAUGCUGAGGCACUUGCUGUCUUGGAAGGUGAAGUCCAUCAUGUACCGGAUCUGUUAUCACGAGCCGUGGCCGCGAUAGAUCUGUCAGCAAUCGAUCCCAACCAAUUUCGAGCAAUGCAGUUAGAGGAUCCCUUAUGUCGCGAGAUAGUAGAAUUUGUUGAAGGGAAGGCCCUGCCAUGUGUAAAGAUCCCUUCGUCGUUAGACGAAUUCGAGGUAAACAACGGCAUAUUAUACCACGUGCGAGAAUUACCGAAGUACGUUCAUUCCUGCCCGACGUGUCAAAGGCGGAAGACGGUCCUGCGCGGGCGCGCUCCUCUAGCAGCCAACCCGCUCGCGACGGAGCCGUUCGAACGAGUUUCGGUUGAUCUGAUUGACCUGCCGGUUGCGAGCAAUGGCGACAGAUAUGUACUAACUAUCGUAGAUGAGUUAACACGGUUCAUACAGCGAGUAUUCAGGGAAGUCUGUGAACUGCUCGGAACAAAAACGCGAUAUACUACUCCAUACAACCCAGCUUCUAACGGACUAGUCGAGCGAUGCAACCGCGUGAUUAAAGACUGUUUAGCAGCAUUGUGCGAAGAGACGCCUAAUACUUGGAAUACCCGACUAGAGUACAUGCGAUUAGCCCUAUACACCGCUUUUCAUAGAUCAGUGAAUAACCAGCCUCUGUAUCUUUUAACAGGACGUGAUUGCAUCUUUCCCGUUGGUCUCACGAACCACCACACGAGAGAUGGAGAUAUAGGGAAGCGUCAGUUAGACUUAUUAGCUGCUCGUGACGCCGCGGUCACAGGGACGCAGAAGGUCAGGGAAGAAAAUAUGAAGGGAGUUGAUAGAAGAACGAAGGCAAUUCCAGAACUCCGGGAGGGAUCUUUGAUUUUGCGUAAAAAACCUCCAGGUCAGGGUAGAGCAGGCUUGGCAUCUAGAUGGAUCGGUCCCCUUAGAAUUAUAAAGAAAGUUGGACCAGUGUCAUAUAUAGUAAAAGACCUUACGAAGUAUACAGAGCAUAGAGUUCACAGGAAUCAGAUCAUACCAUUUAAAAUUGAUAAUGAAUUAAGAAUUCUUAUGCCUGAAGGCGUCGUUCAACCUGGAAAAGCAAUGGUUGAUUCAGGUGAUAUUGAUCCAGAUGAUCCAAUCAAUGUUAUGUUGCUAGGUUUAGUAAGAUCCCCAGAUGCAUCGUGGUAA